CCCUGAUAAGGACUCAUACAGUCCAUGUGAAGCCUCAGGGUCUCUGGGCUGCACCUCCAUCACAUGUUGUAGCAAGAUGACCACCAACGGCCUGUUGACGGUGCUCCUGCUGACCAUUGCUCCGUGCGCUGUGUACAGUAAUUGCACAGUAGGUAUAAAUGAGUGUGACUGGUACCCCUGGGCAUCAUGGGGAGGUUGCACCGAGACCUGUGGCGGGAAUGGACGCCAGACUAGGAACAGGGGCAUCUGUUGCGAGGCUGAUCUGGAGUAUACCGCCUGCGUCACGAAAUGUAACGUGCCCUAUGCGGAUGGCCAAAUGAGUCAAGAAUGUGGGGCAACAUGCUUCAAUCGUGGAUCUUUCCAUGACGGAAUAUGCCUGUGCGUCAAUGGUUUUGAGGGAAAGUGUUGCGAAAAUACAGCAGCAACAGCAACAACAACAACAACAACUCCAGUUCCGGAAAGAGUGUGCCAGGAUCCCCUGUGGCGUAAUGGCAUCAUUAAAGACGACCAUGUUGUUUCCUCAUCGGAUGCAAAAGGGAAAACAUCAGCCAUGGCCCAAUCCAAUUGCAAACAGAGGCCAUGUGGGUGGUGUCCCGACCCAAAACUUCCCAUCCACGAUCAGUACAUCGAGGUGACGUUUGACAAACCGUGGGUGAUCCAGGCCAUUGAGAUACAGCCACCAGAGGGCACUGAUCCAAACUCCGUUGUCCGCAACUACAUGACCAACUACACCUUCCAAUACCAGCCCAUUGGAGGGACAAAGCUCGUCACAUAUGGAAGAGAGCACUCUGGACCAAUAUACAUGCUUGGUGUUCGUGGUAACAGCGUUACCGUUGUGUCAACACUGACUGAAAUACAGCGACCGGUGUCAGAACGCAUCCGGAUAUCAGUUGUCGACGCGGAACAUCAUGCCUGCUUCAGAUUUGAAAUAUUCGGCUGUGAAAAUCUCUGUGAUUGCCAGAAUGGCGGGUCCUGCAUAUCGAAAAACACGUGCUUGUGCCCUCCUCCAUACUACGGUCCGAACUGCACAUAUAUACAUUUGCCGGAGGUUGGAGGUUGCCUAAAGCCUCUUGGUAUGUGGAACAACAAGAUUAAAGACAACCAACUUGUAGUGUCCUCCUCGGCGCCUGAACAAGGGAAAGAAAAAGCCAGGUACAUCUGCUGCGCGGGUGAAAUAAAUGGCGCCUGGUGUCCCGCGGCCAACGAUACCAAGCCUUAUUACGAGGUGCGGCUUACCAAGCCUCACCUGGUGGCAAUGCUCAUGUUUGAGCAGCCCAAUGUACAGCACUACUGGGAGCUACCUGACACCUACAUGAAGACCUUCACCUUGCAGUAUCACAACAUCUACAAUGGCGCCAUGGAAACAUAUGUGGCGGGCGCUGAUGCCAUCUACAACGCUACCGUCAGCUACUCUCCUAUCCUGGACCCGUAUUUACACACCGACGUUAUACGUAUUACCCCUGAAACAUGGGAGAAGGCUCCAUGCUUCAGACUGGAGAUAAUCGGCUGUGACCCAGAUGAGGGUCCAGCUGGAGCUGUUCUCCCCGAUUCAAGUGUACUUGGCAGGAGAAGGAGAGAAAUAAAGUACAGCCUGAGAAGACCUCCUACUAACUGAGACAUUUCACAAUAUGAAAGCACCUGGCAAUAGAAAGAUGAUCAGUCACCAGCCAUUAUUUCGUUUUGAUCAAUUGCAUCUAUUUAAAUUCACGUAAAACUGUGUCAGUUGUCAGGCAAUGUGUUACAUCUAUACCACUUUGGUUAAGCACCUGUGUGGCUUGCAGUACAACACUGCAAUCAGAUGGUGUUAUUGAUGACAUGAGUGUAGCAUUGUAUCGACAUUCUAAAAGGCAACAAAACAAAAUAAAAUUAUGAUGAAUUA